GCUGAGCCGCCUUCCUCGCCUCCCAGCGAGGCUACCGGUGCCGAGGAUGCCUUGUCCUGGUACAAGGCGCAAUACGAACUUCUCGAGUCAGAGCUCGCCGAGUUCCGCGAGUCCAGCCGAGAGCUGGAGCAGGAGCUGGAGAAGGAUAUUGAGCGAGCAGAGAAGCAGGAGAGAGUUCUGAAAGACAAGGCUGAUAGCCUUAGAUUCGAGGUGGAAGAGUGGAAGAGAAAAUACAAAGACUCCAAAUCAGAGACUGCCGCUGCGCAAGCCUCAUUAGAAAAAGAAAUUACAUCACUACGAGACGCGAACCGCACCUUGGCGCUGAGGCUGAGAGACUCCGAGGUUGCCAACGAUGAUUUCGAACGCCAGGCGCGAAACACCACCUCCUCGCUCGAGGACAUGGAGUCCAAGUUCAACCAGGCCGUUGAGCGAGGAGUCCUGAUGGAGGAGGAGAUCAAGAUGGGCGAGCAGGAGCGAGAGGCUCUCCGCAUCGAAUCACAGCGGCUGCGAGAGGAGCUUUCCGAGCUCAAGAUUGAAGCCGAGCUGAUGCAAGACAAGGCCAAAAAGUACGAGCGUCAUUCGACCAUGUCGUCCGACUUAUCGCUCCUCGGCUCCCCCACAUUCGACAAGACCGCGACGGACAUGUCCGUGGACUCGGCUGCGAGCUCGCCUCUUAUUUCAACCCCCCUCGAGAUUACCAAAGGUCUGGGCGCGCCGACUCCCGAGCUGCUGGAUCCACCGUCACCCCCAAUGUCAGACGUCUCUUCGCACCCGCGGGCGCCAUCACGGAUCCGGACGCCGGCCCCUUCGACAAUGCGCCGGACCCGAAUGCCGUCGGUGGAUGCCGGCUCGAGGGCCCGUGGAAGCACGCCGGCUCUUCCAACGGGUGGGCGAACUGCUACGGGCGGCCGCCCGUCAAUCAGCAUCAGCAGCGGCGGCGGUGGCGGCGCAUCUCUCCGCUCAUCCACCAACACCAGGUCAAACGUGUCGUCCCGCAACAGCAACUACAAGAUUCCCGCGUCCAACUCCCUCUCACAUAUCCGUCUGCUCACGGCCCAGAUGCAGCGCCUCGAGGCCAGAGUGCACUCUGUACGGUCCAAGCUCCCCGCUCCCAACGGUGGCAACACUCCGCCUCGCCCCCCCUCUCGGCCUGCUUUGGCUGCUGCAAACUCCAACGCGUCGACUCCUACGGUUCGCUCGCGCAGGCGCGCUACCACUCAGUCGUCGAUAUCGAUAUCUUCUUCGUUGGCCGGGGACGACUUGACGCCCACUAGCAGUUAUGCUUCACCGUCCAAGACGAACCACACGCCGAGGAUAAGCACAUCUGGUGUGAAUCGACUCUCCUUCAGCACCCAGCUCAGCGACAAGGGCUCAGAAGUGAGCCGGCCGGUCUCACGAUCCAGCCAUACAUCCAGCUUAGCAUCGUAUACCAGGCCAGUGUCUCGCAACGGCGUGGCGGCCCCACAGCGACCAGUGUCGCGAAGCUCCGUUUCAGGGGUUCGGACACCGGUUGGCCGGCCGGCAUCUUCCUUCAGUUCCACUGGUCGUGGUCACUCUGGCAGUGUUAGUGGCAGCAGGAGUGGGAUCGAUUUCCUAGGGGAAGACUAUGAGCCCGUGUAUCGCACGCCUAGUAGGCGAGGUACCUUUUCCACCAGUGGAAUACCCGCAGCAGGCAGUGCGAUACCCGGUCCCAGCUUGAGGCGGCAGAGCGGAAGUAGGCGAAUUAGUGUGAGCAACGGCAGCAUCAGCGGC